CAGACAGACUCAGGGACAGUCACAGCUCAGCUAAGCCUCUCUCUCUCUCUCUCUCUCUCUCUCUCUCUCUCUCUCUCUCUCUCUCUCUCUCUCUCUCUCUCUCUCUCUCUCUCUCUCUCUCUCUUUCUCUCACUCUCUCUCUCCGCUGAUGGCAGCUGUAGUGAGAGGUCCACGGCGGACCCUCCUCUCCCUCAGUUGACCGUAUGGUUCUCCUGCUGAAGAGUAGAUCUCGGUACUGAGGGGGAGAGAGGCAGGUUUUAGCGGGAUUAUCAGCUGAUCGCUCGGCUUUCUCCGGGAGUCGGAGCGCUGCCGGAUGGACGCUGCGGCUGAGGCGGCGGCUGGCCUGAGCGAGGCCGGGGAUGGGAGUCCGUUAUCCGGGGCAACGGCUUCGGACGAGCCGGAGCAUGGGUUCGGCGAUAGCUACGGGAUUGAGCUCGGGGACAUGGAUGCUGCCAAGAAGGCCUUCAUCACAGAGAUGCCAUCAUCUUCAGGCCAGCCUGGGCUUGGGAAGAAGAUUGGACACAGGGGAGUGGAUGCUUCUGGAGAAACUACCUAUAAAAAGACCACAUCAUCAGCACUAAAAGGAGCCAUCCAGCUGGGCAUCGGCUACACAGUAGGCAAUCUGAGCUCUAAGCCGGAGAGGGAUGUGCUCAUGCAGGACUUCUAUGUGGUGGAGAGUAUCUUCUUCCCCAGCGAGGGGAGCAACCUGACGCCAGCCCAUCACUUCCCAGACUUCCGGUUCAAGACGUACGCUCCUGUUGCCUUCCGUUACUUCAGGGAGCUCUUCGGGAUCCGGCCCGAUGAUUAUCUGUACUCGCUGUGUAACGAGCCCCUCAUCGAGCUGUCCAAUCCCGGGGCCAGCGGCUCGGUGUUCUACGUUACCAAGGACGAUGAGUUCAUCGUCAAGACUGUCAUGCACAAGGAGGCUGAGUUCCUGCAGAAGCUUCUUCCUGGAUAUUACAUGAAUCUUAACCAGAACCCUCGUACUCUGCUGCCCAAGUUCUUCGGCCUGUACUGCGUGCAGUCCGGAGGAAAGAACAUCCGAGUGGUGGUGAUGAACAACAUCCUGCCCAGGGUGGUCCGCAUGCAUCUCAAAUACGACCUAAAGGGCUCCACGUACAAGCGCAGAGCGUCUAAGAAGGAGAGAGAGAAGGCCAAGCCCACCUUCAAAGACCUGGACUUCAUGCAGGACAUUGCGGAUGGAUUGUUGCUGGACUUGGACACUUACAAUGCCCUGGUCAAGACCCUCCAGAGAGACUGCCUGGUGCUGGAGAGUUUUAAGAUCAUGGACUACAGCCUGCUGCUCGGGGUUCACAACCUGGACCAGGCAGAGCGUGAGCAGCAGACGGAAGGCUCUCAGGGCAGCAGUGAUGAAAAGAGGCCGCUGGCCCAGAAGGCCCUGUACUCCACUGCACUGGAGUCCAUUCAGGGGGCCUCGGCUUGUGCAGAGGACAUCGAUACGGAGGACACAAUGGGUGGUAUACCAGCAGUUAACAGUAAAGGAGAGCGUCUAUUGCUGUACAUUGGAAUCAUCGACAUCCUGCAGUCCUAUAGAUUAAUAAAGAAAUUAGAGCACACAUGGAAAGCUCUUGUCCACGAUGGGGACACUGUAUCAGUUCACCGGCCCUCGUUCUAUGCAGACAGAUUCUUCAGAUUUAUGAGCAGCACCGUGUUCAGAAAGAGCACCUCUCUGAAGUCGUCUCCCUCUAAGAGAGGCCGUGGAAGUCUGGCCGUUCCCAAACACUCAGGACCCGGAGCGGCGUGGUCAGCCAGCCAGCUGCCCUGCGAGAGAGACGAGAACAUCUAUGAUCUGAGAGGAGCACGCAGCUUCCCCACGCUGGAGGAUGAAGGACGAUCAGAUGUGCUGCCCUGCACUCCUCCAUCAUUCGAGGAGGCCACCACAGCCUCCAUCGCUACCACACUCUCCUCCACUACCUCCCUCUCCAUCCCCGAGCGAUCUCCCUCAGACACUUCUGAACACCCUCGCUACAGGAGGCACACCCAGUCUAGCCAGGACGGAACGGCUCAGGAGGAAGAUCAGCAGACCAUUACGGUGGAGGUGGAGGUGAAGAGACGCGAUAGUGAACCCAUGCUGAUGGCACCACAGCCCUCUCCGGAGGCCAGUGAAGCCUCAGAAGGCAUUGGCGAAGCUUCCUGCGCCUCAGUUCCUGCGAGCCCCCGGAUAGUGGUGGACUCGGACCGUACCAGUCAAGCCUCGGGCUGCCCCAGCCGUUCCUCUGUGGACGAGGAUGACGAUGUGCCAAUCACUGACAUUUACUUUUUCUCGGAUGGCAGCUAUUGUGUGAGUCAGCCUGUUACACGCAGCAGGACGCUUAAUUCAGGCCACAGACCGAUGGAGGAGAGGACCUGGGUGUAUUCUCCUCUUCACUAUGCUUCAGAGUCUAAAACUCUGCCUGAAGGAGAGGAGGAGAGCGACACAUAAUCGGUCUGCUGGAGCUGCUUGAAGAUGACUCUGAAGACCCCUCAGGUCUCGCCAUGGCUUCCAACUCAACUCGACUGACCAUCCUUCCUACCACCGUCUGCGCGACUGGUGUCACCAGUUCUAAUCUUAGUCAGAUCCGAAAGCAGAAGCGAGCCACAGUGUGAAGCUUAGCGCCGUAGGUACACGAUGCGUCAUUCUUCCGUCAUUCCAUCUGCUGACAGCUCCACGCCCACCAGUAACAACUGCAGCCUGCAACGCUAAAGAUCUGUACAUCAUAAACACUGUUUUUUAUUUCA